AUGAACUGCAUUGUGGGUCUGGAGCGACAUUGUCUUGACUUGGUUGUUGCAGCUCCCAUCCACACCUACAUCCUGGGAGCAGCCAGCCAGGAAACCACCCGCUUCUUCCCCAGUGCUGACGGCUGUGAGCUGGCUGACAACAUCACCUACCUGGGUCGUCGAGGUGUUUUCUCCGGGGCGUCAGGCCUGCAGAUAGCGUAUGUGAGUGGUCGUGAAGGACGUCUGGACCCGACUCCAGCUCACUGCUUCUCUCCUGAAGACCUCCAUCAGCUGGUGGAGCCGCUGAUCAACAACAACCAGUUCAGAGGAGUGGACAUCCUGCUGACGUCACAGUGGCCCCGCGGAGUCUGGCAGUACGCCAACAGCCCCGAAGUGAACACUAAGUUGUGUGGAGCGGGCUCCAUCUCCCAGCUGGCCUACAAGCUGAAGCCCCGAUACCACUUCGCUGCUGUAGAGGGAGUUCACUAUGAGAGACGACCUUACAGAAAUCAUGUUGUUCUUCAGGAGAACACUCAGCACGUCAGCAGAUUCAUCGCCCUGGCAACCGUCAACAACCCAGAGAAGAGAAAGUACCUGUAUGCCUUCAACAUUAUCCCGAUGAAAAGCAUGGAGUCAUCAGAACUGGUGAAACAGCCUCAGGAUGUCACUGAAAACCCUUACAGGAAGAUGGUUGGAGAGAAUACUCUAUCAGACCCUACUGUCCAGGAGCCUGCAUCUCAGUUCUUCUUUGACCUGGGGAAGAAGCAGCGUGGGGGGGGCCGUGGCCAGGGGGGCCGUGGCAGGAAGAGGCCCUCAGACGGAGACGGGCAGAAUCAAGGACAGCCGUGGGAUCCAGACAGGCAGAGUCAGAGACCGCCCUUUGAUCUAGACGGGCCUAAACAACCUCGCAGGCCGCCCCAGCCCAGCGGUCCCUGUUGGUUCUGUCUGGCCAGCCCUCAGGUAGAGAAACACCUGGUCAUCAGCAUUGGUACCCAUUGUUACCUGGCUCUAGCUAAGGGCAGUCUGACCCCUCAGCAUGUGUUGGUACUGCCCAUCGGUCACUACCAGUCAGUAGUGGAACUGAGCUCUGAGGUGGUUAAAGAACUGGACCGAUACAAGAUGGCUGUCAGGACCUUCUAUAAGAGCAAAGGACAGCGCUGUGUUCUGUUUGAGAGGAACUACCACAGCCAACACCUGCAGAUACAGGCAGUACCGGUGCCGGAGGAUAAAUGUACCACUGAAGAUAUUAAAGAAGCCUUCAUGCUGCAGGCGCAGGAUCAGAACAUGCAGCUGAUGGAGAUACCAGAGUAUACAGACCUGGAACAGAUUGCUCCUCCAGGGACACCGUACUUCUACGUGGAGCUGGACUCUGGAGAGAAGCUCUUCUACCGCAUUCAGAGAAACUUCCCUCUGCAGUUUGGCAGGGAGGUGUUGGCCAGCGAGUCGGUCCUGAACAUCCCAGAGAGGGCGGACUGGAGAGGGUGUAAACAGACCCCAGAGGAAGAGGAGAGUCUGAGCAAACAGCUACGAGACGACUUCCAACCAUACGACUUCGCUCUGGAAGACUGAACACCUUCACACACCUGUACCGUACAGUAGGGGUGUAAUGGUAUUCACACUGUACCGUACAGUAGGGGUGUGAUAGUAUUCAAUCUGAACCAUACAUUGUAACGUACAGUAGGGGUGUAAUGGUAUUCACACUACCGUACAGUAGGGGUGGAAUGGUAUUCACACUGAACCAUACAUUGUACCGUACAGUAGGGGUGGAAUGGUAUUCACACUGAACCAUACAUUGUACCGUACAGUAGGGGUGUAAUGGUAUUCAUACUGAACCAUACAUUGUACCGUACAGUAGGGGUGUAAUGGUAUUCACACUGAACCAUACAUUGUACCGUACAGUAGGGGUGUAAUGGUAUUCACACUGAACCAUACAUUGUACCGUACAGUAGGGGUGUAAUGGUAUUCAUACUGAACCAUACAUUGUACCGUACAGUAGGGGUGGAAUGGUAUUCAUACUGAACCAUACAUUGUACCGUACAGUAGGGGUGGAAUGGUAUUCAUACUGAACCAUACAUUGUACCGUACAGUAGGGGUGUAAUGGUAUUCAUACUGAACCAUACAUUGUACCGUACAGUAGGGGUGUAAUGGUAUUCACACUGAACCAUACACUGUACCGUACAGUAGGGGUGUAAUGGUAUUCACACUGAACCAUACAUUGUACCGUACAGUAGGGGUGUAAUGGUAUUCAUACUGAACCAUACAUUGUACCGUACAGUAGGGGUGUAAUGGUAUUCAUACUGAACCAUACAUUGUACCGUACAGUAGGGGUGUAAUGGUAUUCACACUGAACCAUACAUUGUACCGUACAGUAGGGGGUGUAAUGGUAUUCACACUGAACCAUACAUUGUACCGUACAGUAGGGGUGUAAUGGUAUUCAUACUGAACCAUACAUUGUACCGUACAGUAGGGGUGUAAUGGUAUUCACACUGAACCAUACAUUGUACCGUACAGUAGGGGUGGAAUGGUAUUCAUACUGAACCAUACACUGUACCGUACAGUAAGGGUGUAAUGGUAUUCAUACUGAACCAUACAUUGUACCGUACAGUAGGGGUGUAAUGGUAUUCAUACUGAACCAUACAUUGUACCGUACAGUAGGGGUGUAAUGGUAUUCACACUGAACCAUACAUUGUACCGUACAGUAGGGGUGUAAUGGUAUUCAUACUGAACCAUACAUUGUACCGUACAGUAGGGGUGUAAUGGUAUUCACACUGAACCAUACAUUGUACCGUACAGUAGGGGUGUAAUGGUAUUCAUACUGAACCAUACAUUGUACCGUACAGUAAGGGUGUAAUGGUAUUCAUACUGAACCAUACAUUGUACCGUACAGUAGGGGUGUAAUGGUAUUCAUACUGAACCAUACAUUGUACCGUACAGUAGGGGUGUAAUGGUAUUCACACUGAACCAUACACUGUACCGUACAGUAGGGGUGUAAUGGUAUUCACACUGAACCAUACAUUGUACCGUACAGUAGGGGUGUAAUGGUAUUCACACUGAACCAUACAUUGUACCGUACAGUAGGGGUGUAAUGGUAUUCAUACUGAACCAUACAUUGUACCGUACAGUAGGGGUGUAAUGGUAUUCACACUGAACCAUACAUUGUACCGUACAGUAGGGGUGUAAUGGUAUUCACACUGAACCAUACAUUGUACCGUACAGUAGGGGUGUAAUGGUAUUCACACUGAACCAUACAUUGUACCGUACAGUAGGGGUGGAAUGGUAUUCACACUGAACCAUACAUUGUACCGUACAGUAGGGGUGUAAUGGUAUUCACACUGAACCAUACAUUGUACCGUACAGUAGGGGUGUAAUGGUAUUCACACUGAACCAUACAUUGUACCGUACAGUAGGGGUGGAAUGGUAUUCACACUGAACCAUACAUUGUACCGUACAGUAGGGGUGUAAUGGUAUUCACACUGAACCGUACAUUGUACCGUACAGUAGGGGUGUAAUGGUAUUCAUACUGAACCAUACAUUGUACCGUACAGUAGGGGUGUAAUGGUAUUCACACUGAACCAUACAUUGUACCGUACAGUAGGGGUGGAAUGGUAUUCACACUGAACCAUACAUUGUACCGUACAGUAGGGGUGUAAUGGUAUUCACACUGAACCAUACAUUGUACCGUACAGUAGGGGUGUAAUGGUAUUCAUACUGAACCAUACAUUGUACCGUACAGUAAGGGUGUAAUGGUAUUCACACUGAACCAUACAUUGUACCGUACAGUAGGGGUGGAAUGGUAUUCACACUGAACCAUACAUUGUACCGUACAGUAGGGGUGUAAUGGUAUUCACACUGAACCAUACAUUGUACCGUACAGUAAGGGUGUAAUGGUAUUCACACUGAACCAUACAUUGUACCGUACAGUAGGGGUGUAAUGGUAUUCACACUGAACCAUACAUUGUACCGUACAGUAGGGGUGUAAUGGUAUUCACACUGAACCAUACAUUGUACCGUACAGUAGGGGUGUAAUGGUAUUCACACUGAACCAUACAUUGUACCGUACAGUAAGGGUGUAAUGGUAUUCACACUGAACCAUACAUUGUACCGUACAGUAGGGGUGUAAUGGUAUUCAUACUGAACCAUACAUUGUACCGUACAGUAGGGGUGUAAUGGUAUUCAUACUGAACCAUACAUUGUACCGUACAGUGUCCCUCCAACUAGUAAUUUCUACUAUCAUUGUGAGCUUCCACUUCUCCCACCUGCUGACUUCACCUACUAAGGACAUUUUCGGCAGUUAAAUGCAACAAAACAUUUAUUCAUAAAUAGCAAUCUGUGAAUGUUUAUUUUUUUUUAAAAACUAUAAUUUGUUUAAAAGCGUGACAGCUGUAUUUUUAGGUUGACGCAGCUUGUUGGCCGUUUUUAGCCAAUCGGUGAUUCUCAACCCAGUUCAAAUCACAUGACUAAUCCCACUGGUAUUUCUGACUACCUGGUACAUGGCCUCAUGGUUACAAAACGCAGGGUCAGAGUGGAAACGUGAAACGGCCCAACAUAAGUGUGAAGGACAUUUCAUUUGGAGGCGGAGAUCUUCCCUUCACUUCCUGCCUUCUCUCUGUUUUUUUUUACUUCAAUCCAACCGUCUGAAAUAGUUGUUUUCACAAUGUGGAGAUAAAUCGGUGGCGUCGUUUUGGUCCCUGAUUAAAAGCCUUUUUUUUUUGUAUGU